AUGAAGAAGUUCAUUCCCUUCAGCGGCAAGAGGAAGACAGAUGAGUCACACAGCCACUCCUCAGAACUGUCCAUCAGCAUGGCCAGUACCGCGCCUAGCCUGUCCACAGGUGGGGGAUAUCGCCUCAGAGAUAAGCACUUGAAGAAACUUCAUAAAGCUGCUUCAGUUGGAAAUGUGCAGAAGCUGAAAGAUUACCUUGAACGCAAGAAAUACGAUGUGAAUGGGCGGGACAAAAGAAACAGAACAGCUUUGCAUUUCGCCUGUGCUAAUGGACAUACAAGUAUUGUCUCUCUCUUAAUUGAGAAUCAAUGCAAAAUUAAUGUUCAGGAUAGUGAAAAGAGAACCCCAUUGAUUAAGGCAGUACAGUGUCAACAGGAGAGUUGUGUUUUGCUUCUUCUACACCAUGGUGCAGACCCAGAUAUGGGAGAUGUUUAUAGUAAUACUGCUCUUCAUUAUGCUGUUUGUGGCCAGAAUAUCUCAUUAGCUGAUAAAUUGCUUGAAUACAAAGCCAGUCUUGAAGCCAAAAAUAAGGAUGGCUACACUCCACUUUUACUUGCUGUUGCCGAAAAUAAUGAAAAUAUGGUAAAAUUCCUUCUGAAGAAAGGAGCAGAUGUAAAUGCAACAGAUAAAAACCACAGAACAGCCAUCAUGAUUGCUCUGAUUGUUGAACCAACAAGUUAUAUAAAACUUCUUCUUCAGCAAGAUACGGACCUAACAUGCAAAGAUAUUUAUGGAUUUACAGCUGAGGACUAUGCUUCAUUUAAUGGCUUUACUAUGUAUCAUGAGAUAAUUGCCAAUAAUGAGAACAAGAAGAAGACUGAGUGAACAGCUUACUGACUGAGCAGGUUUUUGUUUUGUUAUUUUAGAUUUUGUUUCUAGACUGAAAACAGCUUUUUCUUUUCAAAGCAUUAAUUAACUAUAGAAUCAAAGUUUUCCUCUGUUUUGAAAUCAUAAAUCAUUUUGAAGAUCUUCUUCAUUAACAUUUUCU